AUGGCGGCACUCACACUCACAUACGCUUUUCUCGUUGUUUUGGCGGUACAAAAUGCAUCAGGGUAUUUCUGGGGGAUGUAUCCUAACGUCCCAGGAGGGAGACGCAUGGUCUGGCACCCUGUCGACACCAUGUUAAAUCUCAUGCCACAAAAGAUACAAGGACUGUGGUACAGUAUCAUCUGGCGGUCUUAUCCUCAGGUUCCUCAUGAAGAAGUGUUGCUGGAUUUUGCAAUGAACAUAACACUUGGUGAAACAGGGGCGCUUGCAGUGACGACAAAAGGAAAACCAAACGAGAAGGGGGCGAGCUGCAUCGACGUCAAUGCAUUUUCCAAACUAGAGCCAACUAGAGUGAGAGGGAAAUAUACCAUUGUCCAAAGUUAUGGCACCAACACGUUCAAGUUCGCUGACACCGACUACGCCCACUACAUGGUGUCCAGCUACUGUUUUAACGAGACUGCCAGUGGUCACUGUGAGAUGGAGGGCGUUAACAUCUGGGGUCGUACCGCUGAGCUGACGCCCCAGUACCUUUACAGGGGAAUGAGGAUAAUCGACAAGAUGCUGUGUAAAUCAUUAAGCGGGUUUCAUUUUAUAAGGCACACUACAGGGUGUCACGGGCAGGAGAAUUGAGCCUCAAUGUUAACCUCCUACAGCCAACAAUUAACACAUAAAAUAGAGACAACAGCGAGGAGAGAACA